CACGGAGUCGCCUCCGCCGGAGUAAUGACUUAGGUGAACCAUCAUGGCUGAAGAGGAGGAGUACAUAUGGAAGGGAGAAAUCCCAGUCCCGCAACAUCUUAUCGAGUACAUUGACGUAGCUGUCAAAGACGCGCUUCCGUCACGGACUCAGUUCUUUGGCAUCUCGCCAAGUGGAAUGUCGUAUUGGGCACGUACUGCCAAGAUCGAUGCACAAGAUGCGGACGGAAACCAGACUCCUUUCUUUAUCAAGGUCCACAAAUUUGACCAUGGAAAGAGCAUGGUGUCAUCAGAGUACAUCGCGGCACAGGCCAUGCACAGAGCCUACCCUGAGCUCGUCCCCGAGCCGAUAGCUUGGGGCACUUAUAAAGCGGAGGAAGAGGUUUACUUCCUUCUCAUGCGUUUCCAUGAUCUUUCAGGAGACAUCCCCGAUGUGUCUACCUUCCCGGCUCUCCUCGCCAAGCUGCAAACGAGACCGGAAGCAAAGUCCCAGACAGGAGAGUUUGGCUUUCCCAUAAUCACCUACGGUGGACGCAAUCCAUCUGUCUUCCCUUUGAGCAAAUCCUGGGAGUUCACUUUCACUGGCUGUCUCGAGGCUGCGUUCAUCGCAGAGGAGCAAACGCAUGGCUCGGAUCCCGAGAUGACAAGACUUCGAGACGAAUUGUUCCUCAAGGUGAUCCCGCGACUGAUUCGCCCGCUUGAGACUGAGGGACGCCGUAUCGAACCGAUUCUCUGUCAUGGCGACAUGUGGGAUGGGAAUGUCUCAGUUGACAGGGCAACGGGCGAGCCGAAGAUUUUCGACCCAACACCACUGUAUGCCCACAGGGAAUAUGAGUUGGCGCCCUGGUUCAUCGCACGCCACAGAAUGACCGAUGCCUACGUCAAUGAGUACACGAAGCAUAUUCAGAUCGCAGAACCCAAAGAGGACUUCCAUGACCGAGGCAUUCUCUACAGUCUACGAUUCAACAUCCAUGCGUCAUCUUUGUAUCCUGGAAACCUUCGUAUGCGUAAAACUGCCAUCAAAGACAUGAGAUAUCUCAUAGAGAAGUACCCGCAAGGGUACGAUGGCUAUGCUCGGGAGCGUGGUCUUGAGGUCGGAAAGACAAGUUGGCAGACGAAAGCGCGGAUCUAGCAAAUUCCAGACGUCAUCUCGAAAUUUUGAUGUUGAAUUCCCGUAGCGUCAGGCGGAGACUUAUCUGCAUCGCACACGCCUGGUCUCGUUGUCUUUCAGACCUUGCUGCCUCAUAGAUAUAGGAUACAGUAUUCAGCUCAUUAACUCUUAGCCUUUGA